AUGGCCCAAAGAAAACCCAACAUUAUUGUGACCGGUACUCCCGGUACAGGAAAAACUUCCCAUGCACAGCAAAUUGCUGAGCAAAUGCCAGACCUCAAAUACUACCCGAUCAACGAUGUGGCCAAGGCCCGGGACUGUAUUGUUGGGUACGACGAGGAACGUCAGAGUAGUAUUGUUGAUGAGGAAAAACUUCUUGAUGCGAUUGAGGAAGAACUGGAAGCCGGAGGGCUAGUGAUUGACUGGCACGUUUGUGAUAUUUUCCCUGAACGGUUGAUUGACCUUGUACUUGUGCUGAGAACAAGUACCAACUUGCUCUACGACCGUUACGUCGAAAGAAAAUACCCUGAAAAUAAGCGCGACGAAAAUAUGGAUGCAGAAAUAAUGCAAAUUAUUUUGGAUGAAGCCAGAGACUCAUAUGACGAAAAUAUAGUCAUUGAACUUCAAAGUGAUACAAUCGAAGAUCUCGAAUCCAAUGUUGAGCGUGUGGUUGAGUGGCGCAAGCACUGGGAUUCUAAUAAUGAAGAUAAAUAA